GCCACCUGCGCUGCUUCCUUACAGUCUCACCUCCUCUCACUGACCACCGCGCAGAACGCACAGAAACCAUGGGCGAAUCGGAAGCAACCUCGUCGUCUAUCAACGGCACCGACACGGCCGACAAGGCCAGUUCCCGCUCCGUCCACAUCGGCGGCGGCGGCGGCGACCGCGAAGGCUUGACUCUCUAUGCCGUCCUCCAGCGCAUGGUGUCGUCGAUCUUCGCACCGGCCGACGGUGGCGAUCCCGCUCCGCUGCUGCAGCGGAUCAAGGCGUCGCUGUCGGAGAACGGACCGCUGCUGAAGGACGCGACUACUAACACCGGACGGAAGAUUCUGGUCUGGACUCGGAACGGCAGCCAUCUCCGCGCUCUGCUCGUCAUCUCCGUCGGGACGAUUGCUCUUCUUGCAAUGACGGGGAUACUGGUCUUCAUGCUGUUCUUCCUGGCAGCCACCAUCAACGCCAUUGUUAUCUCUCUUCUCAUGUCGUUGGCUGCUGCCGGAGGCUUCUUGGCUCUCUUCUUCACCUGUCUGGCUGCUAUUUACAUUGGGGCGUUAUCGAUAGCGAUAUUCGCCAUUUCGACUGCAACGAUCUCAGCAAUCAUCGCUGUCGCGGUGGCUACAGGUUGGAUCGGAUUCUUCUGGACCAUCUGGCUGGUGACAAAGAAGAGCGUAGGCGUCGCCACACAUUCACUGAGCUUGACCGGGUCAGCCAUUUCCACGUACUCAUCAGCCUGGCAAACUCGCCACCAUGUAGCAGAGAAAGAAGAAUGAAAAGCUUGCAACUGGAAAAGAAAGGAUCACUUGUGCUCUAAGUAAUCUGUUACCACCCUUCCUCAUAAGGCAAGCCUAAAAACAGAAAGAAAAACACUGUAUUGUAUAUGUUAAUGGCUCUUCUUCUCUGCUUCUUCGAGUCUAUCCGUAAAUUCUCAUCUUGCGCACUGGCUUUGUAUUAGCUUUGCCCGUUUUCCUCCCUGCAAUGGCUUGCUUACUUAGGGUGCUAAGAGAUUUCAUAUAUAUAUAUAUAUAGAGAAAGCUUAGGGUGCCGUAUUAGUUUGAACAUGCCUUGUACUGUUGUACAUUGUUUCCUUCUACAAA